AUGCCAGGUUUCUUCUCCUCCAUUUUUCAAUGGUUCAGCGGUCUCUUUUUCUCAAAACAGGCCGAAAUCGCCGUUGUUGGGCUACAGGCGUCCGGGAAAACUUCCUUCGUAAACGUGAUAACCUCUGGGCAGUGGAGCGAAGAAGUAGUGCCAACCGUCGCGUUCAACUUCCGCAAGAUAAGAAAGGGGAAGGUAACAUUGAAGAUAUGGGACGUCGCUGGCCAACCCAAGUUCCGUACAAUGUGGGAGCGAUAUUGCAAUGGAGUGGACGCUAUCGUUUAUGUGGUCGACGCCGUUGAUCAAGAUAAAUUCAAAUCCGCGAAAUUUGAACUUCAUCAGCUCCUAGCGCAGCCGACUCUUACUGGCGUGCCAUUACUCGUGCUGGGCAAUAAAAAUGACCUUGACGGACACGCAUCAGUUAAAGACCUCAUCACCUACCUCCAACUGGACAAGAUUUCGGAUAGACCUGUUUCUUGCUACUCGUGUUCGAUGAAAAGCCAACACAAUCUUGACAUCGUCCUACAAUGGCUAGCAGGAAGAAGCCAUUGA